AUGAGCUCAACUGAAGACGUUAAAAACGUACCUACAUCACCGCCUACAACAACCUAUAAAUUCAAAGUUAAUAAGACUUAUCACAAUAAAAUGCAUAUUCCUCGGAGAAAAACUAUUCAAAACUUUUUUGAGUUUCAAAAAAAAUGCCUUGAAAUACAUGCCGAAUACUAUCAAGGAAUUUCGAAUCUCUUAAAAGAUACCGAUGUCUCAUUAUUCUUGGCUGCACCAUCUCCGGGAAUCGAUCCCCUUCAAAUAAUCAACGAAACAGGAAUGGUAAUUAGCGGCAUGCUUGCUCCCGGUAUGAGUGGAUACUCUGUUGGCCAAACUUACAGUAAUAGAAGAUUAAAAAGAAAUAUUGGGGAUGAUGUUGAAAUAAGUGGUGAAGAAGCUUAUAAUUCCGAAAAUCAAAGAGCACAUAAACAUAGGCGAGCGCCAAGACAACUUUGGACAGAUGAUGAAGUAGAACGAUUGAAAGCUGCUUAUGAUAAACAUAACGGCGAUUGGGAAUUAAUUAUUAAAGAAUUCGAACCUGAAAGAACUAGGUCGAAGUCACAAUCCUUAUCGGAACCCGAGUCUUCAGAGUACACACCUUUGAAGACUAUUUCAACAAUAAAUCCUUCUGAUUCGACAAAUCAACAUAAUGCUUAUUUAGACAAAAAUAUGCAUUCAACUAAUAGUAUUGCAUUUGGUCAAAUGCGUCGAAAUAAUGAUGGCAAGUUAAAAAAUUUGAAUAUAAUUUCAUUCUUAUUUAGAAGUGGACGAAGAUAUUUGCCUUUCUUUGUUAUAUUAGGAGUUUUAUUCGUAUUUACUUCAAUAUAUAUUGUAAACACAAUUUUUAGUGAUGAUUUGGUAAUUGGUUUACGUCAAACUUUAAAAACAGAUAUUCCAAGAGGCUCGUCGAUUUAUCAUGUUAGUAAAGAAUUUGGUAUGGCUACAAUGGGUGGAUUAGGGCAUGUUGUAACAGCUUUGUCACAGGGACAAGCGAUGAAUAGUCGGUUGAAUGUCGGAAUUAAUAUCUUGAGUGAUAAACCACAAAAUCCACGAGAAAUGACUGUUUAUGUAAUUGGACCCGCGGUAAAUCAUAGUCCUCUAGAUUUGGCUUUUGAAGCUUCCAGUCCUCUUGAAAUAUAUUCAACUCCACCUGGAUUAUCUCAAGAAUGGAUGAAUUUAUAUUUUUGUAAAGCAGCAGCUGAACUUAUAACAUACUUGGAUAAAUAUCCGGAAACUCCUCUUUUUGCCAGACGUACAAAUAGAGGUGUAGAUGUUGUGCAUCUUCAUGGGGCAACGAAUUCUUUUGUGAUAGAUUUUCUUAAAGAAUUAUAUACUGAAGACCAAUUUAGUAAACCAUCUCCUCCAAUAGUUUAUACUAUGCAUGAUUAUUUAGAAGAGCAAUUAUAUUCAACCUUAUUUACCAACUUUAAAAUGUUCAAAGAUUUAAGAAAUAAUACUGAUGAUUAUUUAAAUUAUAUUCAUGGUAGUCGACUUUAUCCAUCUGCUUAUGCAAUUGAUAAUGCUCAAAUAAUAACUUUUGUUUCUGAACCACUGGCAAAAGAAAUGGUAGAAGGUCCUUUGGAUUUUAGGGCAAAGGAAUUAAUUAUGCCGAGUAUUCUUAACCGUGCAUCCCACGGACAUUGGGUUGGAAUCUCUAAUGGUGUGGAUUUUACUCAUUUUAAUCCUUUCGAUGAUGUUUUACUUUUUGAGACCGAUUCACAUUUCCCAAAGAAUAUUAAAACUUUUGAUUAUGAGCAUUUUAUUGAGGAACAAAUCGAUACAUCAUCACAAGAACUUGUUAUUGAUGCUAAAUUUAAAGCUAAAAGUUAUUUAAUAAAAGAAAGACUUUUAGAUGCUAGCGAUUUAAAUAGAACCAUAGUUUUAUAUAUCGGUCGAUUUCAAUAUAAUAAGGGUGCAGAAUUCUUAAUUUCAGCAGCUGAGACUGUGGCCGCUCUUGACGCUAAAUUAAUUGUUAUGGGUCAGGAAAAUAAUUUUCCUAUUAAUAAAUUGAAAAAACUUCAAUCAAAGUACCCACAACAUUUUAAUUUAAUUGAUGAUUCAGAAUUUCAAAAUAAUUGGGGAAUCUUAUAUCGUGCUGCAGCAGAUAUACAAUUUGUACCUAGUCUUACUGAAAGUUUCGGUUUAGUUGCAGCUGAAGGGUUAUUAUUUGGUGCCACAGUUGUUAGUACGGGUGUAGGAGGGCUAAAGGAAUUUUUAGUUAAUAAAAAUGUAGAUAAUGCAAGUGAUAAAUAUAAUUCUUAUUUAUUUGAAUUAGUUGAUGGACAAUAUAAUAAUCCUUCAGUUAAAGGGAUGGUAAGAGCUUUAACUGAGGUAAUAAAUGAUUAUAAACGAUUAAACAAUAAUUUGCAUGAAAAAGAAAUAAUUGUAAGAGAUUUGAUCAAAGAUGCACUUAAAUUGAGUUGGCAUCGACCGGAGGGACCUAUUGAACAAUAUAAUAAGUUAAGUAAUUAA